CCUACGUCUGGAUAUGCACUUAGUAUGCUAGUUUUCAGUGUUGUUUCCGAGGAUGAAGCUGAUCCUGAAGGGACAAAAGCGUGAAGGAUGCGCGAACUUUCCAGCGCGUGCUGCGCUAUCAUCCCGUUUAUUAUAGGGGUGAUAUCUGACAUAUACGGUUCAUGUUGUAUGUCCUUGGUUAAUAUGGGCCAAUCAGAUCUAGCCAAUGGAACGGAGGACAUGUUCUAUGAUGGAAGUCAAGAGACCAGCCUGGGAAACAACAGCAUGAACACUUACAAACCAGCUUUUGUGGAUGACAUCACCAAGCACCUGAGUGUCCAAAUAUCUCUCAUCUUAGCGUAUUCAUUCAUAAUCCUGCUAGGACUUGUGGGUAACACCCUGGUCAUUUACAUGAUCAUUCUGUACAGAAACAUGCGCACGGUCACCAACUACUUCAUUGCAAACCUGGCCUUGGCUGACCUGAUGAUGGACACAGUGUGUUUGCCUUUCACGCUGGUUUACACUUUGCUGGACGAAUGGAAAUUUGGAGCAGUGAUGUGUCAUAUGGUGCCUUACGGCCAAGCUCUCAGCGUCCACGUGUCCAUUCUCACCCUAACGGUCAUUGCUCUAGAGCGCUACAGAUGUAUCGUCUUCCAUCUUGGCCAGCGCCUCAAUAGGUGCACCAGCUUCAUCAUCAUCAGCCUGACCUGGGCGUUCGCCGCCAUACUGGCUGGCCCGCUGGCUAUUUUCCGAGAGUAUCGCCACGAGGAAAUCUCAUACAUUGACUUGCGGAUCGCAGUUUGCUCCGAGAAAUGGCCCAAUGGCACCAAUCGGGACGCCAUCAUCUACAGUUUGUCAAUGCUUCUCCUGCAGUAUGUGGUCCCUCUGGCGAUCAUCAGCUAUGCUUACGUGUGCAUCUGGAUCAAACUGAAGAACCACGUCAGCCCUUCCAACCGCAGUGAUGGCAUCGGCCGCCGGAAGAAGACCACGAAGAUGCUGGCGCUGGUGGUCGUGAUCUUCGCUGUAUGCUGGCUUCCCUUCCACAUGUUUCAGCUGGCUAGUGAUCUCGACUUGAUUCUCAAGUUCAAAGAAUAUAAACUCAUUUACACCUUGUUUCACAUCGUGGCGAUGUGCUCGACUUUUGUCAACCCAUUGCUCUAUGGCUGGAUGAACCAGAAUUACAGGAAUGGCUUUCUCAUGUUCUUCCGCUGUGAACACAAACCAGACACCAUCUAUCCUGAUGGGUCCUUAAGGACUCGAUCUUUGAGAGGUACGAUUGUGAAUGGAUACAAUGAUGGUCAGCCUGCAACUGCUGUCUAAUCAUGAAAAUGGAGUCUUCCUCUGUCUGGAGGAUCCUGCUUAAUGCACAGUACAUACGUUAAGGGACAAUGAAGCUAAAGGCGCAUUGGUGUGAAAUAAUAAUAUAAUAAUCUGGGUAAGAUAAUAAAUAGAUGGUUGACUGUUCCUUUUGUUGACAUGGGUGGGUAAUCACCAUGUUUAUAAUGAAACAAUUAUAUAAUAAACUAUAAUAUUUAUUGAUACUGCUGUAAAGCCAUAUUAAGGAUCUCCUUCAAGAAUCUUUCCUUUUUUAAAUAUUUUUAAAAUGAAUAUAUUAAACUGACAGUACAUUUAUUGAGCAAAAAUAGAUUUUAUUCAUCAAAACAAACAGAAAUUACUACUAACUUUUCUGAAAUGAUUGUUUUGAACAAGCAUGAACUUAGUUAAAUGCAAAAUUAUUAUUAGUAGUAUUUGUAUCAGUACUGGAUGUCUUUUGCCCCAUGCUGGUGAGCCUUUUACCCCCCCAAGUGUGUAUGAUGUUUAAACAAAAAUAAUUUCAUUAUUUAUUUUCCCUCAAAAUGGGUUGCUCCAUAAAUGUUCAACUAGUUGUAGUCAUUUUGCUUUAUGCAACAAUGAAAAAUUCAAACAGUAGUAGGCUACAUUGUUGUAAUGACUUGUAAUGCUGCAAAAGGGUGUCCAUUUAUCAUCAUCCAAGCUUGUGCAAAACUCUUAUUGAUAAUGUCAGGAUACAGCCUGGAUGCUGCUGAUAGGCUUUCAGCUCUGGAAACAAUUUUGAGCCAGUUAUCUAAGCUGUAAAUGGCAUGUGAUUAUCAAUCUAUAUUACUAUUAGGAUUUGGAGAGAGCUAUGUUUAGGAUUCCCAUACAUCUUUAUGGCAUUUGGCGGAGGACCCACUGUCAGUACAUGAUUUAAUAUCUGCCAUGUCAUGUGACUAAUCACUCUGGAGCCAUAUGAAAUUAUCUCAUGACAACUUUGAUUGCCGGAUAAUGCCACAAGUGCACAUACAAUCCCAUACCCUUCACUAGUGACUAUUUUGAGCUGUUACAUAAAGUCUGUUUAAAAGCACUUUAGAAGAGAAUCUUGCACUGGUUAUAUUAGUGAUAUAUCAGCGAUGUAUAUGUUGGUUUUGUCAGAGUACACAGCAAAUGUUAAAUUGCCAUUGCUUUGUAGAAAUCUGGUGCCAAAGCUAACCAGCUCAACCUUGAUCAAGGUUUAAAAUAUGUUCAUACAUUGCAUUGUGGGAUACAGUAUCCACACAGUGUGCUCUGUUGUAUUUUGCACAUUUUGGCAGAUGUAGUUCUGGGUGUUAAUGCACUAUCAUACAGAAAAUUUGCAUAAGAUGCAUAGGGUGUGUCUCAAUCAGUUCCCAAGCUCCUGAGCUCAUGAAUCAGUAUACUGUGUAUAUGAAUCCAGGCACCGAUUACACCGAAGAUUACACAGUGGGACAAUGAUUACUCGUUUUGACAUGACUAUGUUCAAUGUCAAUGGACAACAUUCAUGUCCUUAAAAUAUUUCAGGCAAUUAUUAAUUAUAAAUGUUAACUAGAUGUGUUCACUAUGUGUCUAGUGAUGUGUGUUUAUGCUGAAAUAUACAACAACAACAACAAUAACCAAAGAUUUAGUCUUUUUCAAAUGUUCUGUGGAGUGUCAUUAUAUAUAUAUUGAGUUGGCUUGUGCAUUUUGUUUCGUACUUCAGAAAUGUAAUGUCAUUUCUGGUAAGGGGGCAUAGUGAGCAUUGAUGCUCCCUGGUUUUAAUGGUGCAUCGUGGAACUUUUUAGGGAACAAACGUGUCAGUGCACUGGAAGGAUUUCCCGAUUGAGGCAACACUUUAAAUGGCUGACUCGCUGAUCAGUGCCUUAACUAGUGAACUAGAGAGCUGACUGAGAUGCACCCAUACUAAUAUACUGCAUAAAUGGCAUGACUAGCAUAAUAGCAUUUUGAAUAUAACCUUUUGAAAAACACUCCAAGCAUUGAUAUGCAAUCAAUGAACUAUCCAUCUGAACAUUAAACUCUUUGUUAUUCAGUUAUAUUAACAGUUUGGUUGCGAGUUUAAAUAUUAAAUAUUAAGUAUGACUUGGAUGAAUUUGAUUUUGUGAUUUGUCAAAAAUGAAAAUGUCUGGCAUGUGUUGUUUUGUGUAAAUUUGCAUGGGGCCAAUACAUCAAGUAAAUAAAUUGCUUUAUGCUACUGGUUGUAUUUAUACUAUAAGGUGUGAAGGUUAUAAUGUACUUUUUAUGCAAAGAAUUAAAAAUCUAUGGAAUCAUGUUCCUGUUUAAUUUAUUGGAAUAUUACAUAUCUAUGCUGUGGUGGCAGUAAGAGGAACAAAAAAAAGAUAGGAUGUGUGAGAAAAUUAAAAUGCAGUGGAGGGAGGGGGUCGAAAGGAAAAUAAAACUAUACAUCUGCAUAUUGUUUUUAUAUAUUUAUAUAUAAUAUACAUAUAUUUUAUAUGUUUAUAUUGCCUUAUCAAGUCUUAAAAUCUUUAGUGGAAGUCAAAACCAACACAAGAUAUGACAAAAAAUAUUUCAAAUGGUCUGCUGAAAUGAUUAUGAAAACAAAACAAUAUAUCCACAUUGCAGCUGCUGCAUUACUCAUCUCCAGUACAUCUCCGUGUUUUUCAUGCUGUAAUCACUUUUUUAUACUGUGUGUUGCACAAGGAGCAAAAGGGGUAAGAAGCCUCAGAGAAUAUAAUAAGC